GGCGACUAGUUUGCGAAGAUUUUUCUCAGUGUCCACUCAUGGCGUCCUUAUGAGGAAGCGACCUGGGUUUUUCUCUAAUAGCCGAAAUUUAUGCGUUUGCUCUGAUCAAUCAACUGAAUCCGUCACUGUUAAUGUUUCUCCAGAGACAAGUAGUGGAGGUAAUGUUGACAAAGGGUUUCUAAGAUGGCGAAAUGGAGGAGGAAUGUACCAUAGCUCGGCCGUUAUUGAUUCCUCGGCUCUGGUUGAGUUUGGAGCAGUGGUUCAUGAGAAAGCUAUAUUAGGUCCAGAGGUUCGUAUAGGAUCUAACACUGUAGUUGGACCAUCAGUCGAGAUCGGUCCUUCUACAAAGAUCGGGUAUAGUGUUUCAGUCAGCAAUUGUAGUAUUGGUGAUUUAUGUGUCAUCCAUAAUGGAGUCUGCAUUGGUCAAGAUGGAUUUGGGUUUUACGUGGAUGAACACGGAAACAUGGUGAAGAAGCCUCAAACUUUAAAUGUGAAGAUAGGGAAUCGUGUAGAAAUCGGAGCAAAUACAUGCAUUGACCGGGGCAGCUGGAGAGAUACCGUGAUCGGGGAUGACACUAAGAUAGACAAUUUAGUUCAGAUAGGUCACAAUGUGAUUAUUGGCAAGUGUUGCUUGUUUUGUGGCCAAGUAGGCAUAGCUGGAUCAGCAGAGAUUGGUGACUAUGUAACAUUAGGAGGACGGGUUGCUGUUCGAGACCAUGUCUCCAUUGUAUCUAAGGUUCGACUUGCUGCUAAUAGUUGUGUUACUAAAAACAUUACCGAACCAGGGGAUUUUGGCGGCUUUCCUGCUGUCCCAAUUCAUCAAUGGAGAAGGCAAAUUGUUGAAGCCCAGAUUUCGAGGAAGAGGAACCCAUAACUUAUUCUGUUCGCCAGUCUCAGAAAACUUGAGGUAAUCUGUUAAAGUAUCUGCCAAUUGCUUUGAGUUUUUA